UCAUCACUAACGAUUAUUACUCCUUGUAAUUAUCAGUACGCAUCUGCUACGCAUUUACUACAGUUACCACAAACAAUUUUUGUGAAACCAUGAAUAAAUCAAAAAUAAAUGUUGUUAUCGAAUACGAGUUCCGUCGUGGACUCACUGCAGCGCAGACAACUCGAAAUAUCAAGAACAUAUUUGGCGAGGAUGCAGUUAAAGAACAUAUAGUACGUCGAUAUUUUGAGAAGUUUCGUUCUGGCAAUUUUAAUCUUGAAAAUGAGUCACCUAGGCAAUUUGAGAGCAAGAUGAAUAAUAAGCUGAAAGCUGUAAUAAAAGCGGAUACAUCUCAAACUAAACAUGAAUUAGCAGCAAGAUUUGGCGUUACUAUUCCAACAAUAACAAAUCAUUUGAAACAAAUCGGCAUGGUACAGAAGCUGAAUAGAUGGGUUCCGCGUGAAUUAGACGAGCAGCAGAAGAGAAAUCGUCUCGAAGUUUGCCUUUCUUUACUGUCACGGCAAAAAGGCGAACCAUUUCUACAUCGUAUUAUUACGUAUAAUGAAAAAUCGAUUCUUCUUGACAAUCGCAAACGUACGGCACAAUUGGAUAAAGAUGAAGUGCCAAAACCAAAUAUUCAUCAACAAAAGCUAAUGGUGUCUGUUUGGUGGUCCAGUGAUGGGGUUAUCCACUACAAUUUCACAAAACCUGGUGAAUCGAUUACAGAGGAUAAUGCAUAUUGCAAACAAUUGGAUAAAAUGAUGAAGAAGCUUGCGAUUAAGCAGCCGAGAUUGACGAAUAGAGACAGACCGAUUUUAUUGCAAGAUAACGAUCAACCACGUAUCUCACAAACAGUGCUGCUCAAAUUGCAGCAGCUGGACUUAGAAAUCCUUUAUCACCCACCGUAUUCACCAGACCUUGCGCCAACUGAUUACCAUUUCUUUCGGAAAUUAGAUCACUUUCUGGAAGGACAAAGAUUUAAUUCUUACGAAGAUGCAGUAAACGUAUUUUCAAAAAUCGUUGACACAUGCUCUGCAGGCUUUUUUGCAGUCGGCAUAAACGAGCUACCGUUAAGAUGGCAAAACUGUAUCAAUAAAUUUGGCGCAUACUUUGAUUAAUUGUAUUGCUUCUUGUUUGAGAUAUAAUAAACUGAUGUUUUGAUUAACAAUCGGACAUUUCAUACUGAAUGACCUAAUAUGAAGUUCAUUAGGAUUGAUUGCCAUCUUGGCCAUUAUGGGUCUGGGACAAACUCAUCCAUUGUUGGAUUUCGGCAAAAAUUCGGCAAAAGCAAUCAGCGAAAAUAACGGUUUAGUGGAAGAGCUAGUGGAUUUCAUCGAGCUUCUUCCGGAAGAGUUUUUUAAUAUAUUAAUUCAGUAUAUAACUGAAGACGUAAAAGUUCAAGAAGCUAUACUAUUCAUAUUCACAAAUGAAUUCCACGAUCUGCUGCGUGCCCUCGAAGCUCUUUCGGAAUAUCAAGCACUCGUAGUAUAUUUAGAAAAAGCCGGACUCCCUGUUAUUCAAUCUAUCCAGGGAUUGCAUCGUAUCAUCGGCAUGGAAGAUUAUGUACCACCCAAGAUAGAUAUUUUCAAAUCUCUAAUUAGGACGGAAAAGAUUGGUGAUGGAAUGGAAGGAAUGCUCAGAGAUCUUUAUAAUGUAUUGCCUUUGGACAAAAUUGACGCUCUCCAUGAUGAGAAAAUAAAGACUUCCAAAACCUUUGGUGAUUUUAUCACGGCGGUUACGUCCGAAAAAAUGUUAAAAAUUGUCUAUGCUUUAGGCGUUCACGAGACCUAUAAGGAAUUUGCUACGAAGACUAACGAAAGAGGAUUGGAUUUUGAAGCAAUAGAAAGACUUAUUUCGAGGAUAAUUGGUAUUAAAUCAAUCUACGCAUCUGCUACGCAUCUGCUACAGUUAUCACAAUUCAGUGCAACGCAGACAGCUCGACAUAUCAACAACAUGUUUGACAAGGAUGCAAUUAAAGAACAUAUAGUACGUCGAUGUUUUGAGAAGUUUCGUUCUGGCAAUUUUAAUCUUGAAAAUGAGUCACCUAGGCAAUCUGAGAGCAAGGUAAAUAAUAAGCUGAAAGCUGUAAUGAAAACGGAUACAUCUCCAACUAAACAUGAAUUAGCAGCAAGAUUUGGCGUUACUAUUCCAACAAUAACAAAUCAUUUGAAACAAAUUGGCAUGGUACAGAAGCUGAAUAGAUGGGUUCCGCGUGAAUUAGACGAGCAGCAGAAGAGAAAUCGUCUCGAAAUGAAGUUCACAUUAGGUUUGAUUGCAAUCUUGGCCAUUAUCGGUCUGGGACAAACUCAUCUACUGCUGGAUUUCGGUGAAAAUUCAAUAAAAGCAUUCAGCGAAAAUAACGCUUUAGUGAAAGAGUUAGUGAAUUUCUACGAGCUUCUUCCGGAAAAGUUUUUUAAUAUAUUAAUUCAGUAUAUAACUGAAGACGCAAAAGUGCAAGAAGCUAUACUAUUCAUGUUCACAAAUGAAUUCCAUGAUCUGCUGCGUGCUCUCGAAUCUCUUCCGGAAUAUCAAGCACUCGUGGUAUACUUAGAAAAGGCUGGAUUCCCUGUUACUCAGUCUAUCCAGGAAUGGCAUUAUGUCAUCGGCAUGGAAGACUUUGUGCCACCCAAGAUAGAAAGCUUUUUAAAAUCUCUAGUUAAGACGGAAAAGAUUGGUGAUGGAAUGGAAGGAAUGCUCAGAGAUCUUUAUAAUGUAUUACCCUUGGACAAAAUUGACGCUCUCUACGAUGAAAAAAUGAGGACUUCCAAACCCUUUGGUGAUUUUAUCACGGCGAUUACGUCCGAAGAAAUGCUAAAAAUUGUCUAUACUUUAGGCGUUCACGAGACCUAUAAAGAAUUUGCCACAAAGACUAAAGAAAAGGGAUUGGAUUUUGAAGCAAUAGAAAAACUUAAUUCGAGAAUAAUUGGUAUUAAAUCAAUCAUGACAUUCACAAUAAGAUUGAUUGCCAUCUUAGCCAUUAUGGGCCUGGGACAAGCUCAUCCGUUGCUAGAUUUUGGUACAAAUUUAGCAGAAGUAUUCAACAAAAAUAGCGAUUUAAUGGAAGAGAUAGUGGAUUUUGUCGAACUUCUUCCGAUAAAAUUUCUUAACAUAAUUAUUCACCAUAUAAAUGAAGACGUAGAAGUACAAGACGCUAUACUUUUCAUGUUCACAACUGAAUUCCACGAUCUGCUGCGUGCUGUCGAAGCUCUUAAGGAAUAUCAAGCACUCGUGGUAUAUUUAGAAAAGGCUGAACUUUUUGUUAGCCAACCUAUCCAGGAACUACAUCGUGCCAUCGGCAUGGAAAACUAUGUACCAUUCAAGAGCGUUUUUAAGUCUCUAUUUUGGACGCAACGAAUCGGUGAUGGAAUAAAAGAAAUGAUCAAAGAUCUUUAUGAUAUAUUACCUUUGGACAAAAUUGACGCUUUGUACAAAAGAAAAAUGAAAAUUUCAAUAGUUUAUACCGAUUUUAUCGCGACGGUUUCGUCUAAAGAAAUGAAAAAAAUCAUCAAUGAUCUAACCGCUCACAAAACCUAUAAAAAAUUUAUCACGAAAACCAAAGAAAAAGGAUUGGAUCUGGAAAGAAUUGGAAAAUUUUGUACAAGAAUAAUUGGAAUUAAACUCAAAAACGGUAAUAAAACGUUUAAUAUUAUUACAACGUAUUUUCAAUUAUUUGUUACUAAUCAAAAUUUACUUAGAAUUUUAUUUCAUAUUAAUUUUUCUGUUUUUUCAAUUUCUUAAUUUUAUCAGAGAAUA